UCCGUUCCGUUUAAGCAAGAUAUUUCAGCUCUCGUGCAUGGAUUUGAAAGUUCAAGCGAUAUAAUUCGCUGUGGCUGGUGGUGUUAUUAUUAUUUCUGAUAGUUGUAUUGCUGUUUUUUAUUUUGUUGAAAAUAGUGAAGUUUUGAUGAAAAAAAAUAUUAGUUUUGUAGGAUAAUUCUGGGUGAUGGAUUCUAUGUAGUGUUUUUUUUUUUUUUUUUUUGGUUAUUUGGGGGCAAAAAGGAAAAGAAGAAGAAAAUGCGGAGUUUAGGGAAGCAUUGCUUUUGUAUGUGAUUCAUGAAUUUAAUGUGGUGUGGCGGUGCAGAAUAAUUCCAUGUGAGCCUAGCUGAAUAGGAAAACAAACCAAUGUUUUUAUUUUAAUCAUCAUGUUCGUGAUUCAUAUGUUCUCCUGUUCACAAUGAUCAUAUGCAUCCGAUUAUACGCACUGGGAUCACUAAACAAAAUAAUUCUGGUGAACUCAUUGAGAAUUGAUAAGAUCACUGCAUGGGUUGUGUUGCGUUUCAUCUAUUGCUUGAUUUUGUUUAGCCGGCAAUCUGGAGUUGAAUAACGAAACCCGUGUAGAGAUGAUCGCUGCUCGCGUUGUCUUCUUAUGCAGCAGCAGAUCAUGCUUUUCUUAGAACAUACGUACGGACGCACAUACCUCAUCUAAGAUCAAAGUAAAGGUAUCAUUGUUGUUGUUACUAUGUAUGUAUAUGGAAGGAACUAUUAGAUAGUGUGACUGCUUACAAGGCUCACAAUCAUUAGCUUGAGAGGACGGGCACUGAAGAGACCAAACACGGUCAGUUCUGCUCUGCAACUGUGAAUGGUUGGUGGUUAUGGAAGAUGCCAACAAUGAGGCUGAUCUGGAUACAAACUAUCAAUCGGAAGUGAGCAUGAGCAUGAGCAUGAGCGUGAGCGAAAAGCGCAGGCGGGAAGGGAAGUCAAGAUCAAAAGUGUGGCAGCAUUUCACAAAGAUUAUAAAGGAGGAUGGAGGCUGCGACAAAUGCCAGUGCAAUCACUGUCACAAGUUAUUUACCUGUUCAAGCCGGAGCGGCACCACCCACCUGCUCCGUCACGUAACCGACGGCAUCUGCCCUGCCUUCAAGAAAGAAAAGGAAAAGAUGGUAACAGUCUCAAGUUACCCCCACCCGCGCAACAGCUUUCUCCCAUGGAAAUUUGAUCAUCAAGGAGGCGGAGGUGGUGGCGGCUUCGGGCAAUCCUCCAGCAUGGAUGUUGAGGUUGAGCUGCUCUCGUCAUCAUCAGAGAGGAUUCCAGCCGACGUGGAAUCCCAACCCCCCCCUAUGCCUAUGAAAACAAUGGAAGAGGCGGAGGCGGAGGACUACAGAGGCCCAACGCCUCCUCCUCCUCCUUCUCUACCUUCUUCCCGCGGUGGAAAGCUUGUUCAUCCCCUGCACAAAUUGCUCCCUCAACCUCAACCUAAAGGCGAGGCAUGGAUGAACGAAUUCCGGAUGUGUGUAGCCAAGCUAGUGGAGCUCGCCAAUGGGAAAGUCCCGGUGCUGUCUGCUGCAUCUGGCGAUUACUCGAUAUCGGCUGCCUUGAAAUGCCUGAACGAGAUGGAAGACAUCCCGCAGUCAAGCGAGAUGUAUUUGGACGCAUUUGAGAUUUUGCAGGAUGGGGGGGAACGGGAGUGCUUCGUCUGUUUGCCACCAGAACCGCGUCGCCGCUGGCUGCAACGUAUGCUGCACCGCCGUCACCCCCUGCGCUAUGGUUCAAAUAUCUAAUGGAAGCGUCUGCCGUCUGCCAUUGCCAUGGAUAAUGGUGGUGGGGGAGAGAGAGAGUUUAGCUGCUGCUGCUGCUGCGGGUGUUGUUGUGCUUGUCCUUCUCUCCAGUCAACAUAACCUCCUGAAGGCGGCGGAUUGCACCUCACCUCACCCCAUCUCAUCUCAUCUCUCUGUUAUGUAAUGUUAUGCCAUGCCAUAUCCCACUUUGUAGAGAGCUGAGUAUUGAGCCACCAAGGCAAGGCACGGCACGGCGCGGCGCGGCACGGGUUUUGUAUAAACAAGCAAACAAAGGGAAACAUAACAUGCAUUAGUGUAUGUCAUAGUGCGAUUGCUUGCUGCUGCUUUUCAUGAGAGCAGAGGAGAGGAGAGGAGAUAUUAGCAAGUGUGUGCUUGCUUACAUGCAUGACUUCUUUAGGGGUAGGGGUAGGGGUAGGGGUAGGGUUAGGGUUAGGGUUAGAGGUAAGGAUCCUGGUACACUCACAUACGUACAUACAUGCUUGUUUUAAAUCAGUUCCUUGUUAGUUACAUGAUGACGAUGAUGCCUGUUCAUUGGAGCUCGCUCGCAUCAAUGAUUUGUCGAGGCCGCGUAUGUUUUUAUUUUGAUUUUAUGUAUUAUAAAUAAAUAAAUAUUUUAUGUAA